CGCAAGGGCGUAAAGCAAGACGUAGAUAAGCUAAGCUAAGCUAAGGAGCUGAGCCGCCAGUGGAUUCUUGUUCUGCUUUGAUGGAAGCUGACGUUGCGCACAUGCAGCAUCUACGGCUACCAUGUGGUGUCGCUGGAUGCCCUUUAUCGUGGUCUUGGUUUCCACGGCGACCCCAACAAUCUGCCAAAGUGGGGACGGUGAUUACGGAUCAGGCUUUGACGUUUACCCCCCCAUAACGGCCACCCAUGGACCAUUGCAAUCCGUCGCUGAUGAGCCUGCCGGGGUGACAAACAAGCCAGCCUCCGCCGACGUGUCCGCUCUGCCCCCACAAGAGGAGACAUGCGCAGUCCACUUCGCCACCGGGGGCGUUUCGGCCCGAAGGCUGAAGGCCCAGAAAGAGGAGCUGGCUUACCUGCAGGCCCUCCAGCACGCCAACGAGGCGGUGAUGGAGAACCUGGUGCAGUACGUCGGGGCCGAGCUGGGAGACCAGAGCUACGAGGAGGUGAUCCGAGCCAACAUGGUGGGCAUCCGGGAGGACCACAAGAGCUGCCAGGAGGUGACGGAGAAGGCCGAGCGAGACCUGGAGAAGCAGCUGGAGGGCGAGGUGCUGGACACCCUCGCUGGCAUGCAGAAGAUCCGUGACGGGUCGCUGGCCUUUGAGGACAUGCUUCGGGCGGCGUCCGACGCGGCCGGGCGCCUGGAGAGCUCGUCACAGGCCCUUCAUGCGUCCUUCACCAAGCAGCCGAGAGACACGGUCUCCUCCAGAGGAAGCUGAGGACGGUCCAUCUGCUUCCGGGGUUGCAAGGACGCUGGGCUACGCUGACUGUGACUCGUGUCAUUCAACUUCACCGCAACGUUAACUGCAGGUCAUUUUAAAGGACUCCAGAAGAUGUCUUAGGGGGUACAUUUGUAAAUGCACCAUUUCAGCAGGUACCUGUCGUAUCACCUGCUCAUCGUAAAGACAGCUGGUUCUCACGUGUUGGUUAUUUAGCCGCUGGAGAGCAACAUUCACAACAUUAGGAACACACCUCAGUGCAGUCAAUCGAUGGAUGGAUGAGAAUAUUCACAGGCACACCUCCGUGCCAUUCCUCUCUGCAAGGGAUUAGGGACAGAAAGCCAAUGUCAUAUGGAAGCCCGUUUCCGACACUGAAGCAAUAUCAAUAUUCCUCUGGUAAAUCAUAAUUAGGAGAUUAAAAGUAGAAAUUAGGAGAUGAAAAGUUACAAUUAUCAGACAGGAAAAAGUCAGAAUUAUGAGAUAGGAAAGUCCUAACUAUGAGAAGUCAAAAUUCGACAUUUUAUCUCCUAAUUUCGACUUUCCAUGUGACAAUCCUGACUUUCAUUGGGAUGUCCUUUUUCGUUCAGUGGCGGAAACUUUUUUUCUUGCAGUUUCAUUGAUCAUUCAUUCCUGUUAUUUCAGCUCUGCUCUGGCAAGAUGGCGACGCCAUCCUCCGAAAACGUUCUUCUCGAGUCCCCCAUUAAUAACGGUAUAUGCAGCGCGUGUACAGGAUGAGAU